CUGGUGAUGUCGGAAAGCUGUUUGAAUGCCCAGCGAGGAGGGAGGCGCGAGAGGGAGCGAGAUAGUAAAGCUCUGUCUCGGGUGUGCGCGCCGGCGCGCGGUGCUCGCUUUCCCUUGGGCGCGCGCGCGGGGGCUGCGCGUGUCCCGAGAGCGCGUCAGCGCAGCGGCCUCCCGCGUGCUCGUGUGCGCGCGCGUCCCGGGUGCCGCGCGCCCCUCUCCUGCACAGCUGCGGUGCGCCCAGCCGCCCGCCAGAAGCUCGGCUCGCGCGGCGCGGCCGCUGCGACUUCCUGGAGUUCUGCCUACCGGUUGCGCGGGCGGGUGUGUGAGAGAAGGCGCGGGGAGCCGCAGGGUGGGAGAGGAGGGAGUCCCGGCGGGAGGGCGGGGUAGAGGCUGGCGGGAGGGGGGCUUCACGGAGCUCCAGCCGGGGCCGCGGUGCGCCUGCACGUCACGGUUACUCAAACCCAAGCACGUCCCGAAAGCGGUAUUUUCUGCGUCUGGGAGGUUUUUGCAUCCUCAGUUCCCACCGCUGGGGCUGGCGGCGACCAACUGUAAGAGAAACUCACUGGGAGGCGAGACAGGGGGAUGCGGAGGAUGGGAAGGCGACUCUGAAGGGUGGGAAGUGAAUGCUGGACUUGAUCGUCUUUCUCUGUCUUUCAGCGCCGACCUGUCGCAGCCAGAGAGCUGUCAUUUUAGCACCGGGAUUCAGAAUUGAUCCAGUCCGCAGCGGAGGGGGCACAUCCCAGCUCCCGAGCUGCUGAGUGUCUCUGGCUGGAACAAUAGUAGUUUUUCUCUGCGAGGCUGCAAUUAACAUCUUAUUUGUUCUGGCUCCAUACAGGCUUUGUCAGGAUCGCGGUGCGGCGACCGAGGUUGGGCUCUUGCAUUGCUUUCUGCUUGGCAAUGGAAUCAUGGUUUCGGGGUCUAAACUUUUGUUUCAUUUUGUAGUCUUAAUGCAUCUGAUUCUUUUUCAAGUUUCCCUAGUAACAGGUUUGGGGACGGGGUGGGAAGAAACGAGAAAAGGGGUGAAGAGAAACAACCAGAUUAUAUAGAAAGGGAAAAGGGAUAAGUUUCCCCACCUUUUAAUCUAUCUGCCUGUCUAUCUAUCUAUUAUCUAUCUAUCAGUCAUUUUGCCUCCUGGACAGUUGGCUGACGAAGUGUCUGAUAAACCAGCUUCAGAUACAUGCUACAAAAGGUCAUUCGCCUCCUGAUUAUGUCUCUACUUGUAAACGCAGUUGGUGGUUUGCAAAACAAGUGCUAAAAUAGUGCAAUGAUGUGGUGGGAGGAAACCAUCAUGGGCAAUUCAUAUAAAGUGCUGGAAUCUUCAUAAGGGCUACUGAGCUGGCCUGAUGAUGAUCCUGCUGAGCUAUAUUUAUAGCAGAUGAUUUGUGGAUGAUAACUACGCCAAGCAAGACACGGUCUCCAGUAACCCCAGGCUCGUCUGACUUCCUCAGGGGAUUAUAAUCAAGAAUCAGGAAAAGAGCCCUAUAUGAACAGUCUGGUCUCUGGACACUAACAACAGCACAAUCCAAAGGCAAAGCAAGGAAGGAACCACUUCGUUUCAUGUCUGCAAGAUGCUCCAUAUAGAAAGCAUUGCUGACAUGUUGACCCAACAGCAAAAAGAGAGCAGCAGUUCACACACCCUCAGCUCUCUGUCCUUUCGUUUCUAUUGAUGUUGGUCCACUUUUAUGAUUUAAUACAUAUUAAAUUCACCAUUUCAAAUUAUCAUUAUCUGCUUUCAUUGGUCUUUUUCAUGAGGCCAAGUGUAUGUCUAUAUUUAUGUUUAUAUAUAAACACAAACACAUAUUUAUACAUACCUAUGUAUAUGUAUGCACACAUUUGCAAGUACGCAUACACAUACGUGUAUAUAUGUAUUUGAUAUGUAUGUAUUUCAGCUGAUACACAUAUAUUUGCUUGGGAAGUUUCACUAUAUUGCUUUGUAUUUCUCUUUUAUAAAGUAAUGCAUUUCAUUCCAAAACUACCAGAUUAAUUGUAUAAAUUGAUUAUUACAUAAGUUGCCUUGAUGAUUUACAGAAGAACUAUUGAGAGGUCAGUGUUAGCAUAUCAAAAUAUAGACUGGUAUUGCAUUUUAAAUUGACCCAGGUAUUUAAAGUUAAAGCCUUUGAAAUUUAUCUCUCCUAUUAUUAAUGCAUUUUAUUAAGAUUACUUUGGAAUGAUGAGGUUUCUAAGUUUGAUUUAUCUCUGUUUUUCAUCUUUUUGUCUGUAUGUGCUAAAUUUAGUCCCUCCACUUUGAGAAUAACCCUAUAAUCCAGGAUCACUGCUUAAAAUUCAGUAUCAUUUGCACAAUUCUCAUACUCAAAUAAGAAUGUUUCUAGAAUAUGUUUACUCAAUUUUAAAAAGUCUUUUCUCUUUCCUUCUUUCUCUCAUAGUCUUUCUGAUAUUACCAUAUUACCACAUUCUAAAUUCUGUAACUUGUUAUUUUCAGUAAGGCUUUAAGAAGCAUGGAUAGGCUUAUAGAUUAUUUCCUGUUAAAUAUGCCUUAAUUUUUUAGUAUUUAGUAUUAUUAUUUAGUUUUUAGUAUUUAGUAUUUGGUAUCUCCCAUAUAUAUAUACACACAUAUAUAUACACACUAUACACACACACACACAGCUUUUGGAAUGUUAAUUAAAUGAUAAAAAUAUUAUAAGAUUACAUUGUUAUGAGUACUUAACUAACCCUUAAAAGUAGCAUAUUUACUAUAAACUGAAACAACUUCUUCUCUGUCUCCUCCUGAUUAUUAUUAUUAUUUUUUUGUUAUUAAAUGAGGAAGUCUCUCAGGAACCAAACUGUAUAUCCUCUAGUCUCUAUGAAAAAAACAAAUUGGUCAUUUUCUACUUGGACAUCCCAGAAUAGAAAGUACAUGGAAGUACUAAAAAAUAAAGGGAUAGACUUGGGGUUAAGGGAGAUGUCAUAGAAGAGCUAUCCUGAGUUAGUUCAAGUGUAGUCCUAUUCCUUGCCAGGCAAAGUCAAGGUUAA